AUGUGGUCGUCACAGUAUACCGGUACCCAGGCACCUCCCCCCCCUGCUGGUGGUGGCCCACCUCCAGCUGCACAUCAUCAAGGACCUCCCCCGCCACAAGGUUCUUGGGAUUCCCAGGGAGACCAAGACGAACAUGGCGGAAGCGCGCUAAACACAGCCGUGGAUUUGGUGGCAUCUGCCGCUUCGGGUUUAUUUUUCUCGUCAUCAAAUAAUAAUAGCAACAACAAACCACCACCACCUCCGCAACAAGCAACCCCACUGGUCAAUAACCCCUAUCAAGCUUGUUCGCAAGGAGGACCCCCACAAGCAUUUUCGCCUCAUUUUCAACCGCCCAUUCAACCCACAACGUCCAUGUUAAGCACGACACCCCGAACUCCCGCUGCCUCGACUCAGCCGCCACCCAUUCAAGUCACGUCUUCUUUGCUUGCUACAGCUUCUAGAAUGCCACCGCCAAAAACACCUGCUGCUGUCACUGGUAUGACUCCUCGUCCUGGAGGACCACCUACGCCUCUGGCCAAUCAACCACCUAUGGUAGGAUUAGCACCACCCAUGCAACCAGUGUCAAGCCCACCACACACUACUUCGCCUGGGCCUCCCAGAGUAAUUUCGGUGCCCCCGGGAGCAACAAACAGACCAGCACCACCACUUGCAGUGUCUGCUGGUCCGCCUGGUCCGCCUGUAGCAGCUUUUGGUCCACCUCCAAUAGCAGCAACUACUGGCCCACCACCUUUGGCAGCCUCUGCUGGCCCACCUCCAAUAGCAGCAGCUACCGGCCCACCACCGUUGGCUGCCUCAGCAGGACCACCACCAAUGGUAGCCUCUGCUGGGCCACCUAUGGUAGCCUCAGCAGGCCCUCCUUUGGCAGCCUCUGCUGGUCCACCAUUAUCUGCUUCGUCACGGCCACCGCCAAUGACAGUUACGACAGGUCCACCGUCUGGACCAUCAACGGGGACUUUUUUGAAUGCGCCACUGGCAUCCUCAGGAGCACGCUUGUCCACGUCGUCGACGGGAACACCUUCCAAUGUGACCCCACGAGCGACGCCUCCUGGAACGCCCUCGCCGUCCGAGAAACACCCGAUUUCGGCACUCUCACCACGAUCCACGAGCACCAAAAAAUUGCCGUUGCCGCCCCCUUCAGACACACUCAGUCGACGUGCAAAAACUAGGACAAAGAAAUUCAAAUUGCCUCCCUCGUUUUCAACGACAACUCCCAAAAAUAAAAAGGAAAAAUUGCCGUUGCCACCCAGAGGGGGAGAAACGCCGAAGCAAGUUGCAGCUUCGAGCAGUGCUAAACCACCACCAACCGCGACAGCGCCUGCGACUUUGUCGUCAGCCACCCCUCCAUUAACGUUAGCACCACCUACAACAGCCACUGAUGCUACACCGAAACGGAGCAAUGCCGGGGCACCUCCUGUGCAGGCAGCAACGACAGAACCGGCUCCUGUGCAGCAGUCGCAGACCGAACCACCCAUCCAGACCGUGGAACCAGUUCAAACGAAAACGCCAGUGGUGGCAGAAUUAAACCAAGCCCCAGUAGGGGUUGACGCAGUGCCCACGGAAGCGACUUCUACUCCUGAAAUCAUCAGCUCUACAGUUGCCGCGUUGCCCGAGGGAUGGAAGGAGGUAUCCGAUCCAAAUUCUGGAAAGGUUUAUUUCUACAACGAAAAUGACGGACGCACUAGCUGGGAUCGUCCCGUGCAGGAAGAAGCGGCGACAAAGACUGUUCCUGAGGAGCCAGCAACAGUGGAAACAUCACAGGCGACGGCAGAUCCACUGGAAACCAAAGCUGAACCACAGGAAGAGUGUGAUGAAAAGAAUGAAUCCACCAAAAAUCUCCCAGAUGGAUGGGUAGAGGUGACAGAUGAUGUCUCGGGAGGUCUUUAUUACUAUAACACUGUGGACCAAACGACUAGCUGGACGAGGCCUCAAGCGGACGUGCCUGCUAUGGAUACAUCGCCCAAUGCUACGAAUGCCACUGACGAAGUCCCUGCGGCAUCGCCCGAAAAAGCACCCGAGGAGGCGCCUGUUGCGGAUCAUGUGGCCGAGGAACAUGCACAAGCAGAGGCCGAAACAGCGGGCCCGACAACAAGCGAAGAAACAUUGGCAACUCCUCUUCCCUCUGGGUGGGUGGAGAUAAUGGAUGAAGCUUCUGGUCGUCCUUACUACGUCGAUUCGGUUAACAACGUUACGACGUGGGAGCGACCAACGGCACCGGUUGAUGCUGCUGUUGAGGAAGAAAAACCUGAGACAGCCCCCGGAGAAAAGGGUGAUUUACCCACCACAGCUUCAGCAGCAGAAACUGAUUCAGGGGAUUUGGCUCCAGAGCUCACCCAAGCAAAGUCAACGGAGACCACAACAACAACAGAUGACGACAAUGCUCCAGCAGCGGACAGCACUAUGGCGAUUCUUGAUGAUUUACAAGAAGCCCUUCCAGAUGGCUGGAUCGAAUGCGUCGAUCCUGGAUCAGGUCAAAUUUAUUAUUGCAACAAAGUCGACAACAGAACGACUUGGGAUCGCCCAACUAUAGCAGUUGAAGGAACGGCGGAUGCAAUUAGUGAAGAGAAAGCAGCGCCCGCUGAAACAGCAGUUGAACCUGCGCCAGAAGUAGCAGGCGAAAAGGAGGAACCGAGCACAGUCGCGCCUGAGGUAACGGAGACGGCGGAGCAAGCGGAAGAAGCCGCACCAGAAGAAGAAAUUGUUGUCGUUGACGAGAAUGCCGAGGGAGAGCUUCCACCCGGUUGGACCGAAUUAUUGGACCAAGGAUCAGGUCGACCCUACUAUUACAACGCAGAGACUCAAGAAACAAGAUGGGACAAGCCCGCUCCUGUUUCCGCUGACGCAUUGGCUACGGACGGCGUCAUUGUCCCGAGCCAGGACGAUGUUGCGAGAACAGAGUCCGAUGGGUUCGUGGUUGUCGAAAACGAGGAGCCACCCGUCGAAGAGCCCACGCCAGAGCUGACGCACGAGGCUGCUGGGACAACAGCAGAACCUGGCGAGGUCGGUAGCCCUGAGGAUAUGAAUGCUGAAGGCGAAACCACUCCAGCUGAAUCUGCAGAACAAGCGUGCGACAUGUUCGAGCCGCCAGUUGACCAAAAGGUUGAAUCGCCAGCCGACAAUGAUCUCCCCCCUGGAUGGGUAGAGAAGUAUGAUGCCAACAUGAAAAUUCCCUUUUAUUACAACGAAGCUGAGGAGAAGAGCAGCUGGGAGAGACCGACCGCUGUGUCAGAUCUGAUCGAAAGUGAGCAGGAAGCUGCUCCGCCAGAGCCACCUGUCGUCGACUCGGCCGAGAAUGCAGCUGACGAGUUCGACCAAUUGCCAGCGAAUGGCAAAGAAGAACCUGAGCCCAGAAAUGAACCAAUUCUUGCAGAUGAUGCACUACCAGUAGGCGCACCAACACCGGCGGCAUUGGAAAGUACGGUUCAGUCCGACGAUGUAGAUGGCGACUUGCCACCUGGUUGGGAAGUCGGUGAAGAUCCAACAACCGGAGAUGUCUUUUAUUUCAAUACUAUCGAGAAGAUAACGACGUUUGAAAGGCCAUCUCUGGCAAAGGGCACCCCGGAAGUCUCGGCAACAGAGCAGACUGAUGGUACGCUAAAAGAAGGCGUUUUGAGCAGUCCAACUGAGGACAAUGAGGGUGUCCCAGAGAAUACUCCCUCCCAAUCCGAAUUGCCACCUGGAUGGCAAGAGAUGGUUGACCCAGGAACAGGGAAUGUGUAUUACUUCAAUGAAGUAGACGGAACAACUACAUGGGACAGGCCUGUUGGUACAGUCGAAAAAGGGACAGAAGCAGAAGAUGAAACACACCCUGUACGAGUCACCGAAGAGGCUCCAACCAGCUCAGCAGACGAACAAGACAUCCAUGGUAAAGGCGAGCCGAAAAACGAGGAUUUUCCCGUGGACACGCCAGCAGAGUCUGUGUUACCGCCAGGAUGGCAAGAACUUGUAGACCCUGGGUCUGGAAACGUCUACUAUUUGAAUGACGAUGGGGAAACUACCUGGGACCGGCCAGCUGUUAUACCUGAAGAGUCGGCUUCUGGUGACAACGCACCAACGGAAGACGAGGGUGCAGCUCCUUUGGAUGGUCCAGUGGACGGUCCCGAAGGCGAUGGUACACCAAAUGAGGGUAACGAUGAAUUCAACCAAGAGAGUUCAAACGAUGUAGCAGAAGACGGAAAGCAAGUUGAGUUGCCCUCAGGAUGGGUCGAAAUGCUUGAUGAAACAACAGGCACGCCAUACUAUUGGAAUGAGGUGACAGGCACCACAGCGUGGGAGCGUCCAACGCUUGCCAGCAAUGGAGACCAACCUCCAACUGUGGGCGUUCCGACCAUGCAGGAUGAUGAGAUGCUUCCCGAAGCGUCGCCGGAGCCUGUGCAAACUACGGAGCAGCUGGAGGAGAAUGCUCCAUAUGGGGCAGAAGCAGUUGUAGAAGAGAUUGCUCCAGAAGCCCACAUUCCAAAGGAGCAAGAAGCCAUAACAGAUUCUGAUGCUGUACAACCAUACCUGCCUGAAGGCUGGAGCGAAGUGACUGACCCGUCGACAGGAAGAAUCUAUUAUAUCAAUGAGACUGAUGGCACAACUUCAUGGGACAUGCCUGUGGCCCCUGCAGUGGAGGACUCGAGGAAAAAUGGCUCGGAAGGAACUCCUGGGGUUGAAGGAGAGUCACCCGAGCAGUCCGGAUUUGACGAAUCUAUUCCCACAGGUGUUGAUAGCCUGGAGCAAGCGGACACUGUGGACGAACCGUUCGUCACUGCAGGCGAUGACUCCGCACUCGAUGCUCACCAUAAAAGUGCCCUUGAAACAGUUGAAUCCGUCGACAAAAAGGACGGGACAGGUGCAUCAGAUGAGCCAUCGAAAGAAAGUAUCACCUCACAAACCGCUCUUCCUGAUGGAUGGGUCGAAGGGUUUGAUGAGGCAUUGGGAAAGACAUAUUACUAUAAUUCGAUUUCAAACGAAUCUUCAUGGGAGAGACCUACAUGGCCACAUGUGACGCAAGAAGAGUUGGCCACAGAUGUGGCUGAUACAAACGAGAACGUUGUUGAGGAGAUUGAAGGCGCCCCCGCAGAAUCCACAGAGGCGAUUGCUGGCCAGGAAAUGAAUGAAUUGGUGCAGGCGUCAUCGUUGGAAGCAUCUGCUUCACCUCAAGCCGAGCCAGAGGAACUUACCGAUCAACCCGAAAGUGGGGAUCUUACUGGACAAGAAUUUGGCAACGCCUCUCAACAAAAUCCAGGAGAGGCUCUUGGAGAAUCUCAACCGAGAAGUGAUGUUCCAGCAGAAUCUGGUCUGCCUCCUGGAUGGACAGAAGUGAAGGAUGAAACAUCUGGCAAUGUCUACUACUACAACCAGGACACAAUGGAAUCUUCAUGGGAAAGACCUGCAAUGCCACAAGGCCAUGACUCCGCAGAAGAGGCCGUUGAUGAUGAAAAUGCUGUAGAGGAGGAUGUUGGCACUGAACCCGAGGGUACAGCCACUGUUCUAGAGACAACUGUACAUGAAAAUCCUGACAACGCCCCGGACUCUGGAGGUGUGUCCCAGUCUUCGCUGCCAUCUGGCUGGGCUGAAGUGAAAGAUGAAGCAUCCGGCAGUAUCUACUACUACAAUGAGGUGACACAGGAGACUUCAUGGGAGAUUCCUGGUGGGCCACAAACUGAACCUGAGAAUCUUGAAAGCGAUGAGGUAGCAGAGAAGGAGCAGGCUCAAGUGGAUGCCAUUGGCGAAUCCACCCACGAUAAUCCUGAAAACAUGACAGAGGCAAAUGCUGACUGCGUGCCAGACAGUGCUCCUGAUAUUCCAACACAGUCAGGGCUGCCUCCUGGCUGGGUUGAAGUUAAGGAUGAAGUAUCUGGCGGUAUCUACUACUACAACGAAGUGACACAGGAGACUUCAUGGGAGAUUCCUGGUUUACCACAAACUGAACCUGAGAAUCUUGAAAGCGAUGAGGUAGCAGAGAAGGAGCAGGAGCAGGUCAAGAGGAUGCUAUUAUUGUCAGGGCUGCCUCCUGGUUGGAUUGAAGUGAAGGAUGAAGCAUCUGGCAGUAUCUACUACUACAAUGAGGUGACACAGGAGACUUCAUGGGAGAUUCCUGGUGGGCCACAAACUGAACCUGAGAAUCUUGAAAGCGAUGAGGUAGCAGAGAAGGAGCAGGCUCAAGAGGAUGCUAUUGGCGAAUCCACCCACGAUAAUCCUGAAAACAUGACAGAGGCAAAUGCUGACAGCGUGCCAGACAGUGCCCCUGAUGUUAUAGCACAGUCAGGGCUUCCUCCUGGUUGGGUUGAAGUGAAGGAUGAAGCAUCUGGCAGUAUCUACUACUACAAUGAGGUGACCCAGGAGACUUCAUGGGAGAUUCCUGGUUUACCACAAACUGAACCUGAGAAUCUUGAAAGCGAUGAGGUAGCAGAGAAGGAGCAGGCUCAAGAGGAUGCUAUUGGCGAAUCCACCCACGAUAAUCCUGAAAACAUGACAGAGGCAAAUGCUGACAGCGUGCCAGACAGUGCCCCUGAUGUUAUAGCACAGUCAGGGCUUCCUCCUGGUUGGGUUGAAGUGAAGGAUGAAGCAUCUGGCAGUAUCUACUACUACAAUGAGGUGACCCAGGAGACUUCAUGGGAGAUUCCUGUUGGGCCACAAACUGAACCUGAGAAUCUUGAAAGCGAUGAGGUAGCAGAGAAGGAGCAGGAGCAGGCUCAAGAGGAUGCUAUGGGUGAAUCCACCCACGAUAAUCCUGAAAACAUGACGGAGCCAAAUGCUGACAGCAUGCCAGACAGUGCUCCUGAUGUUAUAGCACAGUCAGGGCUGCCUCCUGGUUGGAUUGAAGUGAAGGAUGAAGCAUCCGGCAGUAUCUACUACUACAAUGAGGUGACCCAGGAGACUUCAUGGGAAAUUCCCGGGGGUACCGAAGUUGUUGAGCCAGAACCGGUUCUGCAGUCUUCAGAGGCUUUGCCUGAACAGGAAAUUCCAGCGGGCGUGUCAGAGAGUGAGGGGGCAGGAGAGAAGGAGCCUGUGGAAAAGGAAUCUGAGGCUGUGCCAUUCCAAGAGACCGCGGGAGAGCUAGACCCUGCAACUGCAAACGAUGCACCAGAUAUUGGAGCACAAUUGGGUCUUCCACCUGGUUGGUCUGAAAUGCUAGAUGAAGGCUCUGGCAACAUGUUCUACUUCAAUGAUUCAACUCAGGAGUCUUCCUGGGAAAGACCUGUAUGGCCUCAUGCUGAGCCUGGGCAAGUGUUGCCGGAAGGUGUGUCCGAGGGCGAGCAGCUAACAGAGAUUGAUCAACUUGAGCAAGUGCCCGAGGUGGUAGCGGCAGCAGGUACCUCUGAAGGCCCAGCAGAUGAGGUUUUGGAUACCACGCCUGACAAAACUGUCGAGCAGGACAUUGCACCACCCAGUCUUCCUUCUGGCUGGGUGGAAGUGAAGGAUGAAGGAUCUGGCGAUGUGUAUUUUUACAACGAAGUGACACAGGAAUCAUCAUGGGAAAGACCUGAACAGCCCCAAGGUGAGCCAGAGCCAGCACCUUCAGAUUCUGCGCCCAGAGAUGGCUCUUUGGCAGAACACGACAGAACCGAACCUCAGGCUGAUGCAGGCGCUGCUUCGUCGUCAAUCGAUAGAGACGAACCUGCUAUUGAGGCGAUGGAUCAGGUGGCGACGGCAGCACCGAGUCAAGCACAGGAUCCAGUUGGAGAGGCAGAUGUAUUGGUAGAACAAACCCCGUCGGAUGCGAUACAAGACGGGUACGCAGCUGACGAUACGGCUCCGCAGUCAAGUCUUCCACCUGGCUGGAGCGAAGCUGUGGACCCCUCUACUGGCACAACCUAUUAUUUCAAUCACACGGACAACACAACAUCGUGGGAGCGGCCAAUGCCAGAGAACGAUGCGACUGUUUUUGAAAACGAUAUGAUUGAUCCUGGAUCUGGCAACCCAUACUAUCUAAAUGAAACUACAAACGAGACGACCUGGGAAAAACCUGUUGCUGAGACUGAGACGAACGACGGCCAGGACUCGGCGAUCCCAGGCGAGCUUCCCGAAGGCUGGGAAGAACAAUUGGACGCUACCGGACGAGCAUACUAUGUAAAUACAAGUUUGGGCCUUACGCAAUGGGAACGCCCCGUUCCUGUUGCGACUCCGCAAGAAGCUAUGCCCACCAAACCUGCAUCUGAUGGGGGUGCAACGGGUGGAAAAACUGAAGCUGCAAACAGGGCUGUGCGACCAGCUCACGCUCUUUGUUCUUUUGGAUUUGGAGGACGCCUCUGUGUCUUCCGAGCAAAGGGAAAGCGUCUUGUGGAAGUUCAUCGCACCCGGAACUUGAUUCAAUCACACAGUUUAGUCCAAAUAGAGACAUCAAAGGAGCAAUCUGGCAUCGCUGGUCCCCUCAACACAAGCAAACCAGCGUCUGUAAUUUCCUACCUGGAAACAAAGAAGCAGGAAAAGCCAGCGGACAUUCUCUGGCAAUUGAUUGACAUUGUCUCAAACUCGAGGGGUAGAAUUCGAAGUCAAAGCGGCAUAUCGAACCCAGAAAGCCCAGAGGCUGCUAUUGUGGAACUGAUGCUGCAGGACGGGACAACACCUCUGAAGCCAUCGAGUACUGGACAGAAUGGCAACACGAUUCCUCCACAUGCAAUUUCGGAAGGGGAAGUGGGCAAAAACGGGAACAAUACCGCAGCUCAAAUCGAAACUAUCCAAAAUUUUAUUUUGAGAGGAAAGCGUGUAGAAGCCGUCGAAGCAGCGCUCGAAUCUGGAAAUUUUGCCUUGGCACUCCUGGUUUCCUCAUUUUGUGAUUCGGACACUUAUCACCAUGCCGUGACACAGUUUGCGGAGAAAGUUUUGCAGACUAGCUCUCCGCUGCACACGAUUGCAAUGCUUUUCUCCGGACAACUUGGAUCUUCGAUUUGGUCGGCCGACUCAAAAGAUUUGCUUGGAAACUGGCGCUGUCAUCUGGCUGCAAUCAUUAGUAAUCGAACGCAAGGAUGGGAAAGAAUCGUGUUCACUCUCGGAUCGAAAUUGCAGCAGCUUGGCAAUGUGCACGCUGCUCAUGUUUGUUUCAUGGUUUGUGGUCUGCAAAUAAUGAGCCCCAUCCUGCCAGAGACUUAUGUUAGCUUGUUGGGCAGCGAUCAUCUUCUCCCCGAGAACGUCUCCCUGAUGACUCAAGAAGGACUUGAGGCUUACGAGAGAACUGAAGCCUAUGAAUGGGCUAAGCGACGGGGCAAUCCAAAUGCCCUGAUCAAGACAUUGCAACCGUACAAGCUGCAGUAUGCCAUGAUCUUGGCGGAUAUGGGGUUUGUAGAGCUUUCGAAGAAAUAUCUCGAGAACAUUCUCGUCAUGUGUGAUCUCGCUGGGGACGAAACAAGAUUUGACAACAUUGUCGCGGCUCGACUAACAGUUCCAGAAAUGUGUGAGACCCCAGCCGCCUUUAAAGCUGCCUUGGCAAGCUUUGAGCAGCGGCUUUUUCAAAACGUUCCGGAUGUGGACGCCGAAAAGAAAGCGGCAACGACUCCGAUUGUUGCCAAGCCUUCACCACAAUUGCGGUCACCCCCAAAACAAGAGGACUUCCCGGCCAUUUCCCCGUCGCUUACGAAUGAUUCUGAUAUUAGUUUUAUUACUGCGGCGUCCGAUGUCACCGACGCUCCACCGCCAUUCGGUCAAGGAAUGGUUCAACCGAAGACAAAGGACAAGGUGACCCAAAUGGCAAGAGUGGUACGGAAUCCCAAAAAGGAUACGAAAGCUGCGAUCAAACCAAAAGCAGCUGCCAAAGCUGCAACCAGUACAGUGUCCACUCCUCUUUUAGGAGCCACAAAAAACGUUCCUGUAAAAACUCCGCCAAAGACCGAAGCUCCGAAAUCAGGACCUCCUUCUUCCCUGGCUGCGUCCUCUGGGCCACCUUCACAAUUGAAGACUCCGCCUGCUAGCAAGCUAACAAAGAAGGGCCCGUCUGAAAGUAAAGAAAAAGCAAAGCCAUCGGGGAAGAAACCAGAACCAGCCCCAAAAUCUGCUCCUGCGGUAAUGCUUCAAAAACGAGACUGGACGUUUGGAUUUUCCAAAACCAUGACCAAGUGGCUGAACCCCGAUGCUACUCAGGCAGAUGUUGGCGGCAAGAUGGAGGCCUACUAUUGCGACGAGACGAAACGAUGGAUCUUCCCCGGAGAAACACCCGAGGAUAUCAAGCCGCUCCCCCCUCCUCCGACACCCAUGGAUAUGACGCCGAAGGAAGAGCCAAAACCGGAGCCAGACAUGGCCACCGAUCCAUUGGCAGCCAUGAUGGCUCCUCCAAAACGAACCCCUGCUUCGUAUGGGAGAUCUAGAGCAGGAGCGCUGGGAGUUCCAUCGACGCCCCGUUCCCUCUAUCCUGGAAUGACGCCUCCGAUGCCUGGAUCAGUCAUGCCGCCAGGAUCAGCUGCUGGCCCUGGUGGGAGUGGUGCUCCUCCACAGUUCAUGGUUUUCAAACCGUCACCACAGCCAGAGAAAAAGGCCAAGGAUGGGGAAGGCAACACCACAGAGGAGAAAUCAGCAGACAAGUAA